GACCGGAGCCCACUGGUGACGUUUUGUCACGUGAUCAGGAGCAGACGUAUGCAGAAGUCCCUCUCUUCCAGGUACCAGCAGCUACCAGCUCCUUAUCUCUGUGGAGGAAGGCAGACUUGAAACUGAGCUACAGAAGGGGGGCGGGCAACUGCCCUAUAGCCCGGCAGGUCUUCAGGUCUGUGGUUGUGGGCACCAGUCCAGCCAAGAAAAGGAAAGCCCUGCAGUAUCAGUGCAGGACAAGCAGCAAAGGAAAGUCGCAACAUGGAGAAGUUCUACAAAGAAAAUGAAGGAAAGCCAGAAAACAAGGGAAGGGCAGAAGAUGAAGGAAGUACAGAAGCGGGAGGAAAUGCAGAUGAAGACAAGUCAGAUGCAGAGGGGAAGCCAGCACGCCAGGGGAAGCUAGAAGAGGGGGGAGGGCCAGGUGAGCAGGGACAACAGAAAAGUGAGGGGAAGUCAGAAAAGCAGGGAAAGUCUGAAGGGGAGGGCAAGCGCCAGGGGGAGGGCAAGCAGGAUUCCCAGGCAAAGCCAGCCAGCGAGGCGCGCGCAGCAGAAAAGCGCCCUGCUGAAGAUUAUGUGCCCCGGAAAGCAAAACGAAAAACAGACAGGGGGACAGAUGAUUCUCCCAAGGACUCCCAGGAGGACUUACAGGACAGGCAUGUAAGCAGUGAGGAGAUGAUGAGGGAGUGUGCAGAUGUGACAAGGGCUCAGGAAGAGCUGAGGAAGAGGCAGAAGAUGGGAGGUUUUCACUGGAUGCCAAGAGAUGCACAGGAUGCGCUAGUCCCCCGGGGCCAACGGGGAGUCAGGGGUGUGAGGGGCGGAGGCAGGGGCCAGAAGGACUUGGAAGAUGCUCCUUUUGUUUAAUGUCUUUGACUUUCCUUCUGAUUUCUUUGAUGGGAAAUAUUGCCAGCCCUGCUUUCCCUGGCAGGUAUCUGCCAGGCUCUGUGCUUUAACCUUGUGCUGAUAUUUUCCCUUAGGUGUGUCUCUUGUUACCAGCAGAAAGUACUAUGUCUUUUAGUAAAGGACUUUCACCCAUGUGCAUGGAAGAAAUGUUCAUGGUAUACUGGAAAAUAAUAAAGAUAACAGUUUGCAGAACCAUA